ACAGUUCUCUACUAGUAUCUCGAAUUGCAAUUGGUGAAUGCUGUUGCCUUUCGGCCAAUCACGGAGCAUUUCCUUGGAGAGUCUAGCGGCACAUUGCUCGCAUUGAAACAACAGUGGGCUCAAGGAGGAGGAAACGCUGUGGCACCAUGGGUGUGUUAUCCACGUUGAUGAGGGGCUUGGUAAGAGGAGCGGACAGAAUGGCUGAGUUCACCAGUAAGCGUGGAUCAAGGACUCAUAAUAAAGGCAGGGGUGCAAGGCCCACUGGACUGAAGCUCUCCAGCAGAAAGUUUCUGUCCAUACGGACCAUGAUUCCUGAGUUUGUGGUGCCUAACUUGGAGGGAUUCAAACUCAAACCCUACGUAUCAUAUCGUUCUCCUCGAGGAACAGAGCCUCCACUCACAGCACAAAGUGUGUUUGCUGAAGUUGUGGCCCCUCGGAUCAAGAAAGACUUUGAAGAGGGCACUUUCAGCAAAGAACAGCUGGAGAAAUAUGGAUUUGAGCCCAACCAGGACGGAAAGCUCUUCAAGCUGUAUCCCAAGAACUACGUGCGUUAAAGAUGCACUCACAAUGUAAUGUAGUUACAAAGAAAGACAAAAAGCUGCAGA